AUCGGCUCCCUGUCCUUUGUAUCCAUCGUUAUAAUGCUGGCGCCGCAUUUCCAAGGACAGAAGUGGCGCACCUUCCGUCUGCUGACACUCGUCUGCACCGGGCUGGCGGGCGUUGCGCCCUUCAUUCAUGGUAUCAAGAUGUUCGGCUUCGCGCAGAUGGCCAGGCAGUCCGGGUUGCCGUAUUAUCUGGCAGAGGGCGGUCUGUUCCUGCUGGGCGCUGUUGUGUAUGCGACGCGAUUCCCCGAGUGCACAAGCCCCGGCAGGUUCGACAUUUACGGGUCGUCUCAUCAGAUCUUCCAUGUGCUUGUUGUGCUAGCGACGAUAGUCCAUCUUGUGGGCGUUCUUAACGCUUUCAGCUACAACUACCAUCAUAGACAGUGCUCGUGA